UUAAUCUAAUAAAUUCAGCAAACAUCUGCGCCAGUGACCGACGCUGAUUCGCCGAAGCGCAGCCGCAGCAGCAGCAGCAGUGUCGAUGCCGGAGUCAUCGUUCAAACGAACGAUCCUGAUUACAGGAUCAACAGACGGGAUUGGAAAGCAAACUGCUACUGAUUUAGCUGCUCACCCGGAUAAUAGGGUGAUUAUCCAUGGCCGAAGUGAAGAAAAAUGCGAGGCAACACGGGACCACAUUAUCAAGGAAACUGGUAAUCCAUCAAAUGUCGAUUAUAUCGCUUGUGAUCUAUCCAUAAUGAAAGAGGUAGCCCAUUUUGCCGAUCAAGUAAAAAGCCGGUUUCCUGACCUGAAUGUGUUGUUAUGUAAUGCGGGUGUGCUCAAUCCGCGACGAGCUGAGACGAAGGAUGGCCUGGAAAUGACGUUUCAGGUGAACUAUCUUUCACACUUUAUCCUAUGUAAUCGACUACUGGACACACUUGAACGAAAUAAACACGGCCGAAUCAUUGUAGUCGGCAGUGUAUUGCACAGCUGGACAGCCCUGGAUUGGUCGGAUGUGAUGGCCAAAAAAGACUACGAGAAGUACUUGGUCUAUUCUCGUUCCAAGUUAUGUCUACAUCUUAUGGCAUUCGCACUUCACAGACGAAUGAACAUUGCACGACGGAAUCUGGCUGUGAAUGUGGUUGAGCUCGGAAAAGAACGUGAACCCAAUAACAAUGGCAAGAUGCGAACGACAUCUGCGCUGUCGAGUUCGAUGUCAACAUUAUCAAUGUGUCGAGCGGCUGGAAAUUUGGUGCAAUUGAUUGAAAAUCCAGCUUUUGAAAACCUCUCAGGGAAAUACUUGGAUUCAACAGGAAAACAGAUCAGGUACCUCAUAAUUCUACUAUUUUAA